GGCCGGGGCGGGGCUGCCGGGGCCGCUGCCCCAUUGGGCCUCGCGGGGACUAGGCGGGACCAGGCCGGGCCGAACCCGCCCCUGCGCGCAGCCGGAGCCCCAUCAGCGAGGCGGGAAGCACCGCUGGACCUGCGCCAGAGGCGGGCGAGACCCACCCGGACCCGCGCGCGAGGCCCGUCAGGGUUCAAGACGCCAGCUGUCUGCACCCUGGAAACCAGACCCAGCGUCAGCCAGCACCUCGAUCUUGGACUCCCAGAGCCAGACGAGCGAAUGCUAAGCAGCCGAGCUGGGAUCCGAAUCGCCAUGCCCAGAGUGACGCCCACCCCACUGAGCCACACCGGUCAGGCCAUGGGGGAACGCAGUAUUGGACUGAAGGUGAUAUCCAAAGGUCCGCCAGUGCAGGGGAGCCACCUGAGCCGGAGCCCGCAGGACGCCGCCGCUGUCCGAGCCCCGCGCGCCGCGAUGGCCCCGGGGACCCAGUCGCUGCUGCCGCCACUGCUGCUGCUGCUGCUGCUGCCGCCGCCGCCGGGCGCUCGGGCGCUGGUCCCUCGGAUCAGCCUGCCGCUGGGCUCUGAAGAGCGGCCAUUCCUCAGAUUCCAAGCUGAAAAUAUCUCCAACUACACGGCCCUGUUGCUGAGCGGUGACGGGAGGACCCUCUACGUGGGUGCCCGAGAGGUCCUCUUUGCGCUCAACAGCAGCGCCAGCUUCCUGCCGGGCGGGGGGUACCAGGAGCUGCUGUGGAGCGCAGAUGCCCAGAGGAAACAGCAGUGCAGCUUCAAGGGCAAGGACCCACAGCGGGACUGUCAAAACUAUAUCAAGAUCCUCCUGCCACUCAACAGCAGCCACCUGUUCACCUGCGGCACGGGGGCCUUCAGUCCCCUGUGCACCUACAUCAACGUGGAGAACUUCACGCUGGCACGGGACCAGGCGGGGAAUAUCCUUCUGGAAGACGGCAAGGGCCGUUGUCCCUUUGACCCCAAUUUCAAGUCCACGGCCCUCAUGGUUGAUGGCGAGCUCUAUACCGGAACAGUCAGCAACUUCCAGGGGAACGACCCCGCCAUCUCCCGGAGCCAGACCCGCCGCCCCACCAAGACCGAGAGCUCCCUCAACUGGCUGCAAGACCCGGCGUUUGUGGCCUCAGCCUACGUCCCCGAGAGCCUGGGCAGCUUACAAGGGGACGAUGACAAGAUCUACUUCUUCUUCAGCGAGACCGGCAAGGAGUUUGAAUUCUUCGAGAACACCAUUGUGUCCCGGGUUGCCCGCAUCUGCAAGGGCGACGAGGGCGGCGGGCGGAUCCUGCAGCAGCGCUGGACGUCCUUUCUGAAGGCCCAGCUGCUGUGCUCGCGGCCCGAGGACGGCUUCCCCUUCAACGUGCUGCAGGACGUCUUCACGCUGAGCCCCAGCCCCCAGGACUGGCGCGACACCCUGUUCUACGGGGUCUUCACGUCCCAGUGGCACAGAGGGACCACGGAGGGCUCUGCCGUCUGCGUCUUCUCCAUGAGGGACGUGCAGAGGGCCUUCAGCGGCCUCUACAAGGAGGUGAACCGGGAGACCCAGCAGUGGUACACGGUGACCAACCCGGUGCCCACGCCGCGGCCCGGCACGUGCAUCACCAACAGCACCCGGGAGAGAAAGAUCAACUCGUCCCUGCAGCUGCCCGACCGCGUGCUGAACUUCCUCAAGGACCACUUCCUGAUGGACGGGCAGGUCCGCAGCCACCUGCUGCUGCUGCAGCCGCAGGCCCGCUACCAGCGCGUGGCUGUGCACCGCGUCCAAGGCCUGCACGGCACCUACGACGUCCUCUUCCUGGGCACCGGGGACGGCCGGCUGCACAAGGCGGUGAGCGUGGGCCCCCGAGUGCACGUCAUUGAGGAGCUGCAGAUCUUCCCUCCGGGCCAGCCGGUGCAGAACCUGCUCCUGGACCCCGGCAGGGGCCUGCUGUACGCAGCCUCCCACCUGGGUGUGGUCCAGGUGCCCGUGGCCAACUGCAGCCUGUACCCGAGCUGCGGGGACUGCCUCUUGGCCCGGGACCCCUACUGCGCCUGGAGCGGCUCCAGAUGCCUGCACCUCAGCCUCUACCGCCCUGAGGCGGCCUCCAGGCCAUGGGUCCAGGACAUCGAGGGGGCUGAUGCCAGCAACCUCUGCAACGCUUCCUCGGUCAGGGCUCGGGUUGCUGUACCAGCAGACAAGGAGCCUUGUGAGCACGUCAAAUUCCAGCCCAAUACAGUGAACACCUUGGCCUGCCCGCUGCUCUCCAACCUGGCGACACGGCUCUGGCUGCAUAAUGAUGUCCCCGUCGAUGGCUCCGGCUCCGCCUCCUGCCGGGUGCUGCCCACCGGGGACCUGCUGCUGGUGGGCAGCCAGCAGGAGCUGGGGGAGUUCCAGUGCUGGUCUCUGGAGGGAAACUUCCGGCAGCUGGUGGCCAGGUACUGCCCAAAGGUGGAGGGCACGGUGGCCGGCCGGAGUGGCAAAGUGCCUCUCACGUCUCGGGUGAGCGCGCCGUCCCAGGGCAAGGCCAGCUGGGGUGUGGUCAAGUCCUACUGGACCGAGUUCCUGGUGAUGAGCGUGCUGUUCGUGUUCGCCGUGGUGCUGCUGCUUUUGUUCGUCCUCUACCGGCAUCGGGACGGCAUGAAGCUCUUCCUGAAGCAGGGGGAGUGCGCCAGCGUGCACCCCAAGACCCGCCCUGCGGUGCUGCCGCCCGAGACCCGGCCGCUCAACGGCGUGGGUCCUCCGAGCACCCCGCUCGACCACCGAGGCUACCAGGCCCUGUCGGAUAACUCCCCGGGGCCCCGGGUCUUCACUGAGUCAGAGAAGAGGCCGCUCAGCGUCCAUGACAGCUUUGUGGAGGUGUCCCCAGUGUGCCCCCGGCCCCGGGUCCGCCUGGGCUCUGACAUCCGGGACUCGGUAGUGUGACAGCUGACCUGGAGAGCAGUGGACCCUGGCUUCAGGGGCCGUGAAUGCUCAGAGGGCGCUGGCCGGACUCUGGUGCCCAGCCCUGUGGGCAGUGGGGCCAGCCGGCCGCUGUUCGGGCACUGAGGCCCCUCCGACCGAGACAGUUGUGGCCCCAGAGGUCUCCGCUGAAGAUGGGCACCUGCCUGGGUGGGCAGAACAGUGCUCCUGGUGUAAACUGAGCCUUCGGUUUAGAAAAAACAUUGAAAAUGUGAAAUGAGGAUGAGACCACACAGAAUGCCAGGUACACACAGCCGCUCCGGUUCCGCCCCCGGCCUGGUGGGCUCAUGGCCUCGUGGGGGCCUUGGGGACCGAUCCGAUGUGGUGGUUUGAGACAAGAAUCGGGAAUCCCUCACCAGCUGGCCUCUUCCAGCCUCUGCCUUAUUCUACUGCCACAGGCGGCCCCUGUCACGCAGAGCCAGGGGCCCACCUCGGGCUCCGUGAGUCCUGCCUGGCCAGCGGGCCAAGCUGUUACAGCCAUCAUCCCGUCACCUCAGGGACCGGAGGGCUACGCUGGCACUGCAGCCGCGACGGGGCCCCGGGCUCCAGACAGCUCUGGAGCUUCCCGGCCUGUAUCAGGCUGUGGCCAUGUUGACAGCGGGCAGCGUCAGCUCAGGAGAGUGUAUGACGAUGUUCACCUUUCCCUCGGAAUUCUGGGAAGAGACUGUCGCCUGCCUUCCUCCGUCCAGCCUGGAAACCUGGGUGACCCUGUCCCCACACCCACACCGACCUCGUCUGAGACCCAGUCCCCCUUUACCCUCCAUUCUCCUGCCUCCAGUCUAAGGGAUAUCAACACUGCCCAGGACAAGGGCCCCAGUUUUUGUGGCUUUUAUAUAUUUUUUUUAAAUAAGAUGCACUUUAUGCUUGUUUUUUUGUUUUUUAAAUAAAAUCUGAAGAACUGAAGUUGAA